AUUCAAGAAAUUUAUCCAGAGAUAGAGGUAUUAACCCACAAAAACUCUCCCCGAAGUCCGAAAUCAGAGGCGCACAAGGACUGAACUUAUAAAAACCCAGAACCCCAACAGUAAACCAGGAAAAAAGCAGAAAUGGAAACCGGUCAGCCAAGCGGGACUCUCUCCGGAGAAGAUCUUGCCUCUCUGUCAUCAACCCCGGCAACCACCAUCUCACGGUGGUCCUACGCUGUCUCACGGCGGUACCAACACUUUCUUGACAAAACGGUCCCUCACAUCCUCUACCGUUGGAUCUCCUGCUUAGUCGUAGUAUUGAUCUAUGCAAUCCGCGUCUACCUUGUUCAAGGCUUCUACAUAGUCACAUACGGUCUUGGUAUUUAUUUGCUUAAUCUCUUGAUUGGAUUUUUGUCGCCCCAAAUUGACCCUGAGAUCCAUGACGGCCCCACUCUUCCUACUCGCGGAUCCGAUGAGUUUCGUCCCUUCGUUCGCCGGUUGCCCGAAUUCAAGUUCUGGUAUUCAAUUACGAAGGCGUGUUGUAUUGCCUUUGUAAUGACAUUUUUCUUCGUGUUUGAUGUGCCGGUGUUUUGGCCGAUAUUACUUAUUUACUGGGUCAUGCUAUUCCUUCUUACUAUGAGGAGACAGAUUUCCCAUAUGAUCAAGUAUAGAUAUGUUCCAUUCUCUACUGGUAAACAGCGAUAUGAUGGAAAGAGGGGACCUUCCACCGAAACUGCUGAUCUAUCUAAGGAAUGAAUUUAAUAGGCUGAGAGUUUUGAAGGCUAUGGUGGUUGUAGAAUUGUUUUGAAGACCAAUUUUGGUUCAUUCAAUGAUUGUUUGUUCUUACUAAGACUCAGCUAGCUGGCCUGUGGAAAGCCAAGUGGUUCAUGAUGCUCUUUUUUCAUGAGGAUUACUUUUGUAUAGAAGGGGGCAUGCCGCAUUUCUUUUGCUAAAUUAUUACUUUACUGACUUGUAGUCUACUGAGGGACAUGCCAGUCGGUGCAUUAGGAUUAUGCUUAGUCUAGUUAUAAAUUGUUCGUUUCUCAUCAAUUGAAAAUGCCAUUUUUCACCCAGUGAUGCCUUUUUACCUGAGAUAAUUGCUAUUUUUCAUGUUCUUCUGAAUCAUACCUUUCUAUACUAAUGAUGCUGCAAGGGUGCAUGUUUAUACUAGUUUCAAUGGACCUUGUAAAAUCCUUGUAUUGGGAUUGGAGUUGAUGCUGUCAGUGGUUUGAGCAUGCACAAACUUCCGAGUUUUGGCAGGUGGUUUCCACGUUCAGGUACUUUUAGAGAAGCUUGCUUGAAUGUAACCUGUAACCUGUGUACUUGCUGGCCAUUGGUGACGCAGAUUGAGAACAUAGUAUAACAUAUUGCUAAAGAAUAAUGCUAAUUUAUCAUGGAAGUGUCAGAGCGAAUAGCACUUGGCUGGAGACAUGGCAGAGCUUGAAUUGAGCACAACUUUGUGAUUUCAUUUGUGCUAUUUGUGAUCAAACAUUUGUGACAAAUAUAGCCUUUUUCAUUGCAAAGUAGAUGUUAAAGCAAGAACAGACCAGAUUGUUAGGCUGCCUAUUUUACUUGGUACUCUGAUUAAUCAUCUAAUUUAAGUGUUGGUGCAGAUGUAGUUCUCU